AUGCCCACCAGCACAUUCCGCAUCUCCCCGAUGCUGCUCCCUCGGAGCCCCGUGUUGUUUUCGGCCGGCUGCUUCAGGCGGCCUCGAUCGCCAGCUCCUGGGCCGGGAGCUGCCGCUGAUUCGCCCAUCCGCAGGUUCGCAGGCUCUGCCACCGCGUUCCCUCGUCCACGGCCAUUGUUGACUUCCUCGGCCUGCCUCCUUCUGACGAAUCAGCGUGCGGCAAUGGGGGCGAAUCUCUCCACUCCAGCCGCUAGAGCUCUUACAGCCCCUAGCAGCGCUAGCCUCCUCCGUCCCCUUCCCCCUUCUCCACCAUCCAAAUCCCGUAUCCAGCUCCAGACUUCCCAAACGAACCAGCAUCAUCAGCGCCACCGCCAGAACCGCAAUCCCAUCUACGUUUACACCCGAAACCUCAGCUCUACAGCCGACAUGGCUCCUCCUUUAAAUAACGCGGCUGACCCCGUCGAGAGAUCUUCAUCUCCUUAUCCCGACCCUCGCCAGAUCGGCCCCAAAUCCAAGAUUCUUGCUGCUCGAACCUCCAACUACCACUCCACCUCGCUCAGAAACAUGGUCACCAUCAAUACCGUCAACAAGACCGCCCUCCACCCCGGUGGGGUCCAGCCGGUCCGGGAGCAUACCGAGCUCGAAGAGGAGCUUCAUCAGACGGCAGACAUCGAUUAUGACCGUGUAGCCAUUGUCCCCAAUCCAAGUGUCGCUGCCCUCUACGAAGAUGCCCUCGUCUACGAAACUGGCUCUGCUAUUACCUCAACUGGUGCCCUCACAGCAUACUCCGGGGCGAAGACCGGUCGAUCACCUUUAGAUAAACGUAUCGUCAAGGAGCCCAGCUCAGAAAACGAGAUCUGGUGGGGACCCGUUAACAAGCCAAUGACACCUGAGGUCUGGAGAAUCAACCGCGAACGUGCGAUCGAUUACCUGAACACGCGGAAUCGCAUCUACGUCGUCGACGGCUUCGCAGGAUGGGACGAGAAAUACCGCAUCAAGGUCCGGGUCGUGUGUGCCCGCGCCUACCACGCGCUCUUCAUGCGCAACAUGCUUAUCCGCCCUAAUCGAAGUGAGCUGGAGCAUUUCCACCCCGACUACACCAUUUACAAUGCCGGCUCCUUCCCUGCAAACAGAUACACAGAGGGCAUGACCUCGGGAACCUCGGUUGCCAUCAACUUUGCUGAGAAGGAGAUGGUGAUUCUUGGAACCGAGUACGCUGGCGAGAUGAAGAAGGGCGUCUUCACCGUUCUCUUCUACGAGAUGCCCGUGAAGCACAACGUCCUCACGCUGCACUCCUCCGCCAACGAGGGCAAGAACGGCGAUGUGACUGUCUUCUUCGGCCUGUCUGGCACUGGCAAGACCACACUGUCAGCUGACCCUAACCGCGCCUUGAUUGGUGACGACGAGCACUGCUGGACUGAGCGCGGCGUCUUCAACAUCGAAGGCGGCUGCUACGCAAAGUGCCUCGGGCUAUCCGCCGAGAAGGAACCCGAUAUUUUCAACGCCAUCAAGUUCGGCUCCGUCCUCGAAAACGUGGUGUUCAACGUAGAAACCCGUGAUGUAGACUUCGACGACGCGACGCUCACCGAGAACACUCGCUGCGCGUAUCCCAUUGAAUAUAUUCAGAACGCCAAGAUUCCCUGCAUCUCAGAAAACCACCCAACCAACAUCAUUCUCCUCACCUGCGAUGCCCGUGGUGUCCUCCCACCCAUCUCCAAGCUUAACUCUGCCCAGACGAUGUUCCAUUUCAUUUCGGGCUACACCUCGAAGAUGGCCGGUACCGAAGAUGGUGUCACAGAACCACAAGCUACCUUCUCAUCGUGCUUCGCACAACCUUUCUUGGCUCUGCAUCCUAUGCGCUACGCCAAGAUGUUGGCUGAGAAGAUUGAGCAACACAAGGCCAAUGCUUGGUUGUUGAACACUGGAUGGGUUGGUGCUGGUGCCUCCACCGGCGGCAAGCGUUGCCCGCUGAAAUACACACGUGCCAUUCUAGAUGGCAUCCACUCGGGAGAGCUUGCGAAGGUCGAGUAUGAAAACUACGAGACAUUCAACCUUGCUGUGCCCAAGACCUGCCCUGGCGUCCCAUCAGAACUGCUGAACCCAAGGAACGCGUGGACCGCCGGAAAUGAUAGCUUUAGACAAGAGGUGACGAAACUCGGAGGCUUGUUUGUGGAGAACUUCAAGAAGUACGCGGACGAGGCGACGGCAGACGUCAUCAAGGCCGGCCCAGAAAUCAAUGUUGGCCCAGAAAUCAAGGACGUCCCAGAAACCAAUGCUAGCCCAGAAAUCAAGGCCGCCCCAGAGACCAAUGGUGGCCCAGAAAUCAAGGCCGCCCCAGAGACCAAUGAGACCAAUGGUGGCCCAGAAAUCAAGGCCGUCCCAGAAACCAAUGGUGGCCCAGAAAUCAAGGCCAGCUCAGAAAUCAAUGGUGGCUCAGAAAUCAAGGCCAGCCCAGAAACCAAUGUCUAG